CCCGUACAUAGACGAUCUUUGGCCACAAAGGCAACAACACAAAACAUGGCUGACACCGAAAGUAAACGUGAAAUCCACGCUGUCGGAACAGAAGAAUCACCUCAGAAGGCCAAGAGAGCGAAAGCCGACAAUGAGAAUGGUGGCGAAGAAAUUGGAAAUGAUCCUGAAUCUGAAAAUAUUCUGUCCGAGUUUAAAACGUCCUCCGUCUUGAGCGAUUCUGCCCGCGAGAAAAACAUCUUCAUCCACGGAAAGCUGGCCGAUCGGGAGGCCGUGGUCAUCCUGGAGAAGACUCCCAUCAGAGAGGACAGCCUGGCUGAGCUCUUCGUGGGCUCCAAGCUCUCGCUACAGAUGAGGAACGACAUCUACAGCACAUAUCGGUUGCAGGCUCCCCCGCAACUCAACGAGAUCAAGGCCACAGUCGUGUGUCCGGCCACAGAGAAGCAUGUCAAGAAAUACCAGCGACAGGAGAGUUUCCUGGUGGAGGAGACGGGGGAGGACUAUCAGUCCAUCACUCUGCCCUACAUCCAGAAGCAGAGCUUCAGCGUGCAGUGGGUCCACAACAUCUUGGAGAAAAAGGCAGAAGCUGAGAAGAUUGUCUAUGAAGAUCCAGAACCUGAAGUUGGGUUUGUCCUCCUCCCAGAUUUUAAAUGGGAUCAGAAACAGGUCGAUGAUUUAUACCUGAUCGCCAUAGCUCGCCAGAGAGACAUCAGGAGUCUCCGAGACCUGACAGCUGAGCAUCUACCGCUGCUGCAGAACAUCUUUCAGAGAGGAAAGGAGGCCAUCCUGCAGCGCUACAAGCUUCCCGCCAGUAAGCUGAGAGUCUACCUGCACUACCAGCCGUCCUACUACCACCUGCACGUGCACUUCACUAAGCUGGGCUACGAUGCGCCGGGCUGCGGCGUGGAGCGGGCCCACCUCCUCGCAGACGUCAUCCAGAACCUCCAGUCCGACUCCCGGUACUACACCAGCCGGACGCUGUACUUCCCCCUGAGGGCAGACGACGGACUGCUCGGCAGGUUUAGGGAGGCGGGCAGGCUGUGACGUACCCAAAUGCCCCUUUUACAGCCCCAAGUCGAUCCCCAGCCAAACUGGGUGGUUCAUGGAGAAGCCUCUUUUUAACGCGGGAUACACCUAGGAUACAUGACGCUUUCAACAAUUACUAUUUUUGCAAUAAUCUGCAUAUUUUUGCUGUUAUGAGUCAAACCCAUUUGUCUGCCUCUGUUUUAAAUGUUUUUCAUGUCUACAUGUUGCUGACUGAAUUAAAGAGUCUUUUUUUUAUA